AUGGAGAUCUGUCAGUACCUUAGAGGCCAAAAGCUCCUGUGCUUGUUUAUUCAAGAUUGGAACAAGUGGCAGGCCAUCUCUCUGACAGUCAUUGAGAAGGUUCAGAUUGCAGCUGCCAUCUUGGGUUCCCUUUUCCUCAUCGCCAGUAUCUCUUGGCUCAUCUGGUCAACCUUCAGUCCCUCAGCAAAAUGGCAGCGCCAAGACCUCCUCUUCCAGAUCUGCUAUGGGAUGUAUGGCUUCAUGGACGUGGUGUGCAUAGGUCUCAUCAUCCACGAGGGACCCUCUGUGUACCGCAUCUUUAAACGGUGGCAGGCUGUCAACCAGCAGUGGAAAGUGCUGAACUAUGACAAGACAAAAGACCUGGAGGAUCAAAAGUCCGGAGGAAGGACAAACCCCCGGACCUCCUCAUCCACCCAGGCCAAUAUCCCCUCCUCGGAAGAGGAGGCUGCAGGCACCCCUGCCCCCGAGGAAGGCCCUGCCAGAGCUGCCAACCACACCUCAGGCCCUCCGUCCCAUCACCACUGUGCUUACACCAUCCUGCACAUCCUGAGUCACUUGAGACCUCAUGAACAGCGGGGUUCCCAAAGCGGCAGCCGAGAGCUCGUCAUGAGAGUCACAACAGUGUGAGAGGAAGACCUGGGAGGAAGUUUGUGACCAUGCACAAGAUGGAGGUUGGCCUGGGAAGGGCCAGGGAGCCGGUAUGGGGAGGAGAGAUGGUAUCCAGAAGCCAGCCUAGAGAGUAGCACAGGGUGGCGGCCCUGAGAGCACCGUGGGGGCAGGCUUGGAGCUGGAUUGAGUCUGGCACCAGAAGCACUUUGGUGAGUUCCAGUCAGUUAACACCAUUCUCCAAUAUCAAACAGCAAUGAAAACCAACUCAAACUCCAUGAUGAAGUGCAAUACAGACUGAACCUAACCUAGCAAAAUAGAACCGCCAGAUGUACCCACAAACAGACACUAGGGAGAAGCAGAGACCGGGAGGGCAAAGCUGGUGUGACUGGCAACCAUGCCCAUGGCUGCAUGUGCGCAGAGAGAAGGCCAAGAAGGAAAGCACUUGUAGCCUGCUCUGCUUUAACCUUGAGUUUGUUCUUGUUCCAUAGGCAGUCAGGGGAGGGGAGGGACAGGUGCAGGCUGCCAGGGAUGACAUACAGUCUUUGGGGCAUCUGGGCUCAUCUGGGUGAUAGGAAUUGCUGGUUUAAAAGACUUUAGAGACUCUGGGGUGAAGGGGCAGGGAGGGAGAUGUUAGUGUGAACAGUCAGAGAGAGAGUAUGUCUCCUCUCUUAAGAGCCUUCCAAAUCGAGACUCCCCAUUUCAGGUGGGCUCAGAGAGGGUUAUGUUGGGAGAUGGGUGUCUUUCUGUGCCCCCUGUUACCUUAUUUUAUGGUGAUUUGGCUCAAAGGUGUUUACAGGAAACACACAUACACUUGCACACACACAUAAACACAUGUACACACACGCUUGACUAGAGAAAAAUACAUAUUUCUGGUGAGUAAAGCAUAGUCCUUCUGUAGUGGCUUUGGCCUUGGAAGCUGUCAAUCCAGGAGAGACUUUUCUAACUCCUCAACCCCAUUCACAGCUGAGACAUGUUUAGUGCCAUGUCCCUCCUGCUUGGCAUGGGCAGAGAGCCAGGUCCUCCCACAACAGAGCAUCCCUCACCCAGGGCCCUGCUGCAGUGGGUGAGAGAGGGAGUUGGCCAGUGUGCCCCAAGGAGUUGAGUGGAGUGAAGACCAACCUGAAUAUUCCUUGCUGUUUGGGAUCCUUUGUGAAGAGGCAGUUUGGCUAGUGCUCAGUGCUACGUGCUCCCUGGUCCUUCCUGUGUAGUCAGGUGGACCCAGGGGUCCUGGCAGGGAGCACUGUCUUUGGAGCCCACUUGCUCAUUCCCAGGACCCUGACAGGGAAGGCCACUGGGUGGUCACCUGCGGAGAUUCUCGUCAUUGCACAAUGGCUGUGUCAUCCGUGGGUAUUAA